CCGAGGUGCGGCUGGCUACGCUGAUGCUCUACGCCCUGGGGACACUGUGCGGGCCAGUGCGCCAGCUGGUGAGGGCCCACCUGGUGUGUCACUCGGGGGACCUGGCCGCCUUCCCAGAGCUGGAGGACCGGGCGGAGUUUGCCCGCUUGAAGGCCUGUGGGGAUGUCUUCGCCAAGCUGGCACGGGCCGGGGUGGGCAGGCGUAACUAUGCCCUGGGUGCCAACGCCUCCUACCCCAACAACUUGCUGCGCAACGUGGCAAGGGGAGCAGCCACUGGGCACUACACCCUCGUGCUGGACGUGGACAUGCUGCCCAGUGAGGGGCUGCGUGAGGCCUUUCUGGCUCUGGCAGCAACCUUGGGUGCUGAGGGGCCACCGGGUGUCUUUGUGGUGCCCGCCUUUGAGAUUCGGCAUACCCGGCGCCUCCCAGGUGCCAAGACCGAGCUACUGCAGCUGUAUCAGGUGGGGGAGAUCCGGCCGUUCUACGAGGAGCUCUGCCCGCGCUGCCAGGCCCCUACCAACUACUCACGCUGGCUGAACUUGCCCUUGGGCAGUCCCCUGAACACCGCCUACGCCGUGGAGUGGAGGGACCCCUGGGAGCCCUUCUACAUCAGUGCCAACUCUGUGCCACCCUAUGAUGAAAGAUUCAAGCAGUAUGGGUUCAACCGCAUCAGCCAGGCAUGUGAGCUCCAUGUGGCUGGGUACAGUUUCUCAGUGCUGAACAAUGCUUUCCUGGUGCACAAGGGCUUCAAGGUGCCAAGUGAGUUCCAUGCACAGAAGGAUGCUGAGAAUCAGCGCAACAAGGUGCUCUUUCGCCAGUUCAAGCAGGAACUGAAGCUGAAGUAUCCUGGCUCACUGCGCCGAUGCUGAUGGGCCUGCUGUCUUGGGCACAGCUCCUCAGUUCUGCCUUCCCUAUGACUCUUCAACUGUAGCUUUGGUGUCAGUGUUUUUUGGGGGGGGGCCGUGCCCUCUCUUUUUCAUUGAGUCAUUAACGCUCACAUCAGACAAAGGUUUAUAGUUAGGGGGGAAUCUUUCCAGUCACAUCACUCUGGCUCCUUCACCACUCCCAGCCUAUUGCUGGGAUUGUGUAUCCCUUUAUCCCUUUCUUCCAAUUCACUUCAGCAUUCUCCUCCCACAGUUUUCCAUUCAAUAUCAGACUAUCUCAGAACAGAGGACUACCACACCUGGUCUUCUGCCUGUGUGGGUAGAAAUCAGCUGUUUCCUCCAUCCACAGUUCUCUUGUUAUGAUUCUUUCCCUCUCUGAGCAGAGAAGGGGGCUGUUCUGGAUUCAACAGCUCCCUCUCCCUUUCUGUAAGUGGCUAUGGGUUGAGAACCUAAUAUAGCAAUUAGAGGAGGGAGAGUCAGGACUUCUG